AGUUUUUCAAUGACACAUGUUUUAAUUGAAUGCCAAAUUUGAUUUUUAAAUUAAAUUAUAUCAUUUAUUGCAUAUUAUAUUGGAUAUAUAUGAAUACAUUAAUGUAAUGUAUAUAAAUAUGUAUAUUGCAAUUUAAAGCUAAUUGUGUGCUACGUUAGUGUUAUUAAAUCGAUCCAUCAUAAUUAUUUAUUACCAUUUCCAAAAAUGUAUGUUGUCAAGAUUUUCAAACUCGGUAUUCGAUUAGCCAUCCGUACCGCUCGCUGUACUUACACGUCACUAGCGUAAACAAUGCAUCAAUGCAACAAUACGUCAAACAGUAAACUGACAGUUCUUCAAUACGUCCAUCAGUAUAUAGUUGUUUGUCAAUCCUUUCAGUAGUUCAGAAUUGGCGUAAUCGUAAUUACUUCGGUUAUUAUUGUGACAUCAAACUAAAACUUGUUGAUGCAGAAAUUCAAUCCGUUUCCGGUCGUCUUUUCCAAUUUUCAAUAACUGUCAAAAUUCAAAAUGCUGGCACCGGAUAAGUAUCUUUCUCCAAUGAAGCAAAUGACUGGUGCUGAAGAAAAUAGACACUUUUUGCGGGCAUUCAUACACACAUAUAGGGACUUGCCUGUGCUAUGGGACACUUCCCUGCGGGAUUACACAAAUCGUGAUAAGCGAGCCGAAGCAUACGAACAACUUGUACCCAUCUAUCGCUAUCUCAAGCGGGAUGCAAAUGUCGAAGACGUUAAGAAAAAAAUCAACACGCUGCGCACAAACUAUCGUAAAGAAUUGAAAGUAGUGGAAAGUGCGCGACGCAAUGGAACCAUUCAUCAUCCACGUUGUUGGACUUUUCUUGAAUUAGAUUUUCUACGCAACACCGAAAAGUUUCUAGCUGUCAAUCCAAGUACACGAGGUGAUUCAUUUUCCGCAUUUAGUGAAAAUUCCCAAACACAAUCCUCGUUCAUGGACCCACCAGCUUCCAGUUAUAAUUUUCGCUCCAUGAUGGGAGCAACCUCACUUCAAUCGCCUCCCAGUAUUGCCGAAAUGUUCCACAAAUCUUUUGGACAUACGCAAAAAUUGGAGCCAGAGCAAACUCCACCACCGUCUGCACCACAAGUGGCCGGUACGAGUUCGUCAUCGAAUGGACAGUCUGUAAAUUCAUCAGAUUACAACCACACAGGGCAACAAACAGAUUCUAUAACUGGCUCAGCAAAACGUUUGCGUUUCUCACCGGCGAAUGCCACAGGUGUCACCGGUCAGACGCCAGAUGAGUUGCUUAGUAUAGCAUGUGACUACCUUUCCAGUACAUUUCCUGAAGAGGAAUCUAUCGCACGAACUUGGACUCAUAAGCUAAAACGUUUGCAACGUGAACAACGUUUGUUGGCGGAAAAAUUCAUUAAUGAAAUACUUUUUGAGGCGGAAUCAGGUACUUUACAUCGUGGUUCGGUGCAUAUUAAUAGUUUCGAGCCAUUUGUGCGUUUUGAAGAACACUCAAGUAAUGACCAAGAAAAUAUCAAAUCGCAAAGCCCCAGCGUACAUACGUCCACCACAACAAUAUCGCAUGAUGGUGAAAUUAAAUCUACUUCGAACGCUGGUGCAUCUGAAAACGGUAAUGCUAAUAAUUCUGUUAAUGAAAGCGUAUACGAGAACUAUCAAAACUAAACACUAUUUAAUUACUUAUACAUUAAGCUAAAAUGUAAAUAUACUUAUGUAGUGCUCAAUGGUACUUCUAUUAUCUGGAAUUUGUUAUCAAAACAUUUUUAAUUAAGUUAAUUUUUCAAUAUAUUUACAUACAUGUAAACACUAAAAAAUAACGUUUUUAUUAAAAAAUUAUUUUAAUGACUAGCAGACAAGUAAGUAAUCCAUGAAAUUAAAAAUUUUUAGUUGACGCGUUGGUAAUUGGACA